AGGCAGUAAUGCUCGACCCAUUUUCUUGCCUUUUUUUGUCUUUUUGUAUUACUCUGCAAAACUUAGCUUUGACGGCUGGGUAGCUAAAACAGUACCCGUCAAGCCACAUUAGCUACCGGCAAUUAACAAGUGCCACCAUGGCCUGACAUUGACCAUUUUGGCGACUCCCCCGUGGGCCUUGCUACCCGAAUGACCAGAAGCUACUGGUUGACCAAGCUAACCAAGCGACCCAAGCAAGCCAAGGUGUACCUACCUUUUUUUUUCUUCUUUUUUUUCCCGACCCGCGGAGAAUACUAGCAUAUCCGCCGGUCUGCGGGCCAUUCCAUACCCUUCAUUUAUCCAUUCAUUCAUUGAUUCAUCAAUUGAUUCUCUAAUUACCUGGAAUUUCUGGAGCAGGAUGUCCAAUUCCAGUAUGGGCCAAAUUAACGGCGCCCCCCAGUUAACGAUCAAAAAUGUGGCAACUCGAUUAUCUGGGUCCUCACUUGAGAACUGCACGAAAUGAGUUCAACAUGGUACUUUCUUCCCUUCGAGUCAAGCACAUGGGCUUCUUCAAAUACCGACCUACCUUAUCCAUGCCAUUACAUGCGAAAAGAUUUACAAUUGGACAGGCGUCUCACCCGCCAGUUCCUUGGGCUCACAAAGGCCCCCCUCUCAACUACCAAUCCACACGUCUUACUACCCGACCCCCCUGCCUUGCUUUGACCGACCCUACCUACUUGUGCGGAUAGGCCCACCCCUAGGCCUUCCGCUGGAAUGGGCCACGGCUCCCAGCUGCAUGUUCCGGUCUUUGAUAUUUCCAGCCUUCACUGACCGUCGCGAUGUGAUCAGGGUUAGUCCUGCCCAGCAGGGCUACCUAACCCAGAUACAAGUCAGUAUCUCGCCGCCAGUGAAAGAACAUUGACCCUCAAAUCUGGGGCUAAGGCUGGAUCCUUAACGCCGACAGACAAGGCACCAGAGAAGUUCCCGGUUCUCUGCGUUCAACGGGUAUGCGGCAAAUUUAACCCUUGAUGUCGUGGUAAAGGUACCUUUUUUUUCUUGCUUUUUCUUCCCCUGGUAUUCCUGGUUUGGUUCUUUUAUUUUUUGUUUACCAAUUUUGAUUAUUUUAUUAUUAUUAUUUCCUUUUGCAGUAAAUCUGCCAGGAACACACUAGCGUGUUCGGCUGGCUGUUCAAUUCUUCAGUAGCUCACCAAGCUACCAAUAGCCAAGAGAUCAGGCCUGUCUAAAAAAAAGGGUACCUUAGCUGGCGUACCUGCUACAUACCCCAUUUGCAUUUGCCAUCCUCCCUUGUCGAACUUACCUACCUGUUAAUCCUACCCUUACCCUGACUGAGCUUUUGCCUCCUUGCUUCUUAACCAACGUUUUGAUACACAUUGAGGAUGAAAAAGCAAGCCCAUGGUCUGUCUCAUCCAGGACCCUGUCAACCACAGCAUUAUCUCCCUGCAGCUGCACAUGAACCUGCACCUCCUCACCCCCGAUGUUCCACACCAAGCAAACGUGUAUUACAUUACAUGAAAUAUAAUCGCCUUACCCGCCAGCUGUUCUUGCUGCACUGACCCAGCUUGCUCCUUGACGCAUUCCCUCUCAUCUUCAAGGGGUUUCCACUUUUCGAUUGUAGUUUCUACAUCACAACAGGAAAAAGAUUAUCGUAAUCCUUGAUUCGGCAUUGGAGUUAUAUUACGGUAGUCUCUUGGUACCGCCAUGUUCCGGUGCCACUCUAUGUCUGCGUCCUGAUAUUGUUCCCUUGCACCUUCACACCCACCCGCCCCUAGCCUCGGAUUUUCCUAUCCUGUCUAUACACACUCCCCUCCUUGUUAGGUCGACGAAAAAUCUCUCCAUCAUAAUUACUUGCCUUUCUUUUUUCUCUCUUUCGACAUCCCUGUCUCAUUUGCUCCUCGUCGAACGUUUUACACGGACGAAUACUUACACCGUCACCAAGCUCCCCUGCCACUUGUUGCCACAGUUGAACCUCAAAACUUUAAGGGGAGGAUCCUACCUAGAACUACAAUCCACUUUCGCAUGCCCGUGGUGCAUUACAUAGCAGUUAGCCAAGGCGCAAGAGGAGAGAAUCCUUGCGGGGAUUAUCACGGAACCUAGCCGUACUGGAGAUCUUUUGAUCAACCGGGGGAAGACCAUACCUACAUUGUCCACGCUCGCAGAAUUUAGACUUGUGGCAAAUUCGGCCAGGGCGGAGUGCAACAGUGCCGUGCCGCACCGCAGACCCCAGCCAGCCAGCAUUUUAUUAUCACGGUCAAACGGCACGGGCUUCUAGCAAAGGUGACUGGGGGCGCCGUGAUUUACACGGGUUUGGUUCUAUUAGCACCAGCCACCCAUCCAUCGUGAAGGCCCUGGGGAGACCGAAAACCAACUUGAUCACGCCUCCGAGAGCACUCACCGAUUGCCAGGCAGCUCGCUAGACAAGCUAGGGUCUGUCAGCCCUCUACCCACAGACACCUGAACGUCUCGCAUCGCAACAAUCCACCUUCGCCUGCCGAAUCCCAGGACCCGGGGGUUAACAGAGCUGCGGAGCCAUCAUAUCCGCUUCGGACUGUUCUCUGCCUCCGCAUUGGACCAAUCCCUUGAACCAUUGCCUGUCGAAGAAAGAGUCCAGAAGAUCAAGGCUGUUUCGGAGUAGAAAAAACACACCCCCCGUUCCACAGAAUAAGACGACAAGGGCAUUGAGUUAGCACUGCCUGAACCCGCUUCCACAAACACAAUUGUCCCAUUAUUAAUCUCUACCGCAAGAGAUUCUACCCGCCCAACAUCUACCUGCGGGAAGCAUUAAGUUGGGUCGAGAGGCGAACAACGGCUUCGCCCUUUGAAUUGUUGCCGAACGAACAUUACAGUAGCACCUUCCAUUUUUAGUCUACUUUUCGCGCCACAAUUCUACACGUAUACUGGUUCCUCAGUUUUUGUCAGUCACCCCGCUCAUUUUUCUUUAAACCAGCAAACGCCGGUUGUUGUGUAGAAGGCUUGGGCAAGAGGUCACCAUCACGACUUGAUUCUCGGCAGGCAAGUUGCAAAAGUGAACUGGGUUCCUCAACCUUUUCCCUUCUUACAUUCAUUCUUGGCGCCUGGUAUUAUACCCGACAUCCCUAAUGGGUGAUGCUCCUCUUCCUCCGGGCUCCGGAAAAGAAUUCACCCAGGUUCAGCAGCAACACAACAACUACAGCAACCAUCAGCAGCAACAUGCGUUCGCGUCCCAGUACGACAUGACACAGCAGCAGCAACCCUUUGGUCGCGGCCUGUCCGGCCCAUACAACAUGGGUCUUAUGAUGCAUGCUCUCCCCCAUCCCAGUUACCGGCCAGGUCAGCAGCAGCAACACCAGUAUGGUAGCCCACCCAACACCAAUGGCAAUGCUCAGCCUAUGCCACAGGCUCAUGGCAACAAUACUAUGAAUUCCAUGCCCGGUCCUCCUCAGUAUUAUAUGCAGCAGCAGCAUGGACUGCCACCGCAGUAUUACGCCCAGCAGAUGCAGGGCUCGCAACAGCAGCAGCAGCAUCAACGGGGUUCAAUGUCACCCAGAGCCAACAUGGCGCUCUAUCAGCAGCCACAUACACAAGGACAGCAAUACUACUAUCCACAGGGGGCCCAGUUCCCAAACCAUGGCCCGAUGCCACAAAACUCGAUGCUUGCAGGUCCAUACCCAUUGGCAAGUCAUAUGCAACAUGUCGAUCAUCGCCUUGCGCAACGGCAGGUCGGUGAUCAGAGAGACGUUGACAACACGGAACAGUCGCAGCCCAGAGUCGAUGGGGCUAGGUUUGAAUCGCAAUCCAACGUCGUCCGUGGUCCGCCUCGAAAGCCAAGACAAAGUGGACAUGCUAUCUGGAUUGGCAACUUACCACCGCAGACCGAUUUGAUGAGCCUGGUUUACCACGUUUGCAAGGAGGCGCCCGGAUUGGAGUCGCUAUUCCUUAUUUCCAAGAGUAACUGUGCAUUCGCCAACUUCAAGGAUGAAGAAGCUUGCAUCUCAGCCCAACAAAAGAUCCACGAUUCCAAGUUUCAGACAGUCAGGCUUGUCAGUCGGCUGCGCAAGAGCACCGUUGAAGGGGCUACAGGACUUACAGCCCCGACUGGACCGGCUGCAUCGGCUCCGCAAUCUAAUAUUUCCCAGGAGGUCAAGGGUGAUGCGUUAUCUGUGGUGACGACAACCGAGGAUCUGAUUGCAUCUUCAAAUGUUUCGUCUCCCAAGGUCACCUCUCCAGCGCCCGUGGAAACGGACCGAUCUGCUCCACAAAAGGAGAAGUAUUUCAUUCUCAAGAGCUUGACUGUCGAAGACCUAGAGCAGAGCAUCAAAACAGGAAUCUGGGCCACCCAGGCACACAAUGAGAAAGCUUUGAACAAGGCUUAUGAGACCGCGGAAUCUGUCUACCUGAUAUUCUCUGCCAAUAAGUCUGGAGAAUAUUUCGGUUACGCUCGCAUGACAUCUCAAAUCAACGAAGACCCAGCAGCGGCGGUCGAGUUCGCGCCCAAGGCACAGGCGGCCAGCGACGUAGCGUUACCAAAGGCUAUACCGACCGAGGCUAAUGAAUACAUGCCCAAGGGCAGCAUAAUGGAUGACUCGGAGCGGGGUACUAUAUUCUGGGAAGCUGACCCUCCAGAGGACGCUGAUGGGGUUGACAGCAACGAUACAACGACUGCAGCAGUGGCCGACGACACGGUUAGCAUCAAAAGCUGCGAGACGGGCGGUCCCGACUCCAAGGUAUGGGGCAAGCCAUUCCAGAUCGAAUGGCUGAGCGUGGCGCGGCUGCCGUUCUAUCGUACCAGAGGCAUCAGGAACCCAUGGAACUCGAACAGGGAGGUGAAGAUUGCUAGGGAUGGGACGGAGCUUGAGCCCAGCGUUGGAAGAAAGUUGACUGGGCUGUUCACGUCGCGGGGCGUAGGACAGCUGCAACAGCAACCGCACCCACACCAUCAUCAUGUUAUGGGUGGCGGUAUGCCCAUGCCGGGCGGCAUGGUUCAUGGAUAUCCGCCUAUGUAUGCGCAAUAGGGGGGACGACUGACGGGCCACGCCUGCCUGGGCUGCCACAAGUGGAUUAUGCCCCUGCACGCCCAUGGUGGAGAGCACGACUUUAUGGAAGCUAGGAACGACUAAAGCGCUAUCGACACGACACGAGAUGAGACGCGCCAAAUACAUAUCGUCAAGGAGAUAAUUGGAUAGUUAUGGCAUUUGCCGGGUCAUGGGUCUCGACAGGCUUUGAGGCCUCCGGUAGAUGAACCGGGGAGAAUGAGGCUUUUUUGGAUUACGUACAUUUUAGGGAGACGCUUACCGAUUUUUGGCCGUCAUCUGGCGACAUCAGUUAUCCCCCCUCUGCCCUAUGCUGGCAUAGCGAUCCUGCAAGGCUGGGAAAGGAGGAUGGAUUCGAAGUCGAUGGAAAACUAAACCCCAAGGACUGGGUCUAAGGGGCAAAUUCUGGGCUAGUCAGCAUUCUUUUUGCUGGCACGGCCUUAAUUUAUUUUUUGGCAAAACCUCUGUCGCCCUUUUUUUGUCUUUAUAAACUCUUUUCGACAAAACAUCAACUACAAUAACUUUAUCCCCCCGCUCAGCUAUAUAGACGCCAUGGUAGCCACAUAUAUUUGCUGUUCUAGAUUUUUGCAUUUGCUGCCUGGUUUGAAAAUGUUGUAAAGUAUUUUCUUGUUACUAGACUAAUGAAAAUACUCGAUUGCUUUGACCAAUAGAA